AUGGGCGCAUCGCUGUACUGUAGGCUCAAGGGCGGCAAGCCUGUACUGACUCGGGCCGAUGUGCUCAAGGUGCCCGAGCUGUCCAUGAAUCCGCUCAUCGACGUCAUUCUCUCUCUCUUUGACCCAGAGGCGACAGACCGCAUCACCUUUCUGUCGUUUGUGGAGGUGCUCUCGGUCUUCCAUGAGCGGGCGCCGGAGGAGUCCAAGCUCCGACUGGCGUUCUCGGUCUACGACACGGACCGCAACGGAUACAUCACCCGGGAGAACCUGAAGAACAUCCUCCGGCUCAUGGUGGGCGCAAAUCUCUCGGACGAUCAGCUCGAUCAAAUCCUGGUCAACACCUGCUACGAAGUGUUUGGCGCAGAGCCCGGGCCCGACAACGACGCGCUGCACAUUUCGUACGACGCGUUCGCCGACGCCGUCGCCGCCUCGGCCACAGGCGUCUCCACCAACAUGACCAUCAAUUUUGGCUGA